AUGUUGGCAUCUCUCCCCAUCCUCCUGCUGGAAACCAUGUCUCACUACACAGACGAGCCAAGAUUCACCAUAGAGCAGAUCGACCUCCUGCAGCGCCUGAGACGCACGGGAAUGACCAGGCAUGAGAUCCUGCACGCCCUGGAAACCUUGGACCGUCUGGACCAAGAGCAUAGCGACAAAUUCGGGAGGAGGUCUGGCUACGGAGGCGGCUCCUACAGCAACAGCACCAACAACGUCGCGGCGUCGUCCUCGACGGCCACGGCUUCCACGCAGACCCAGCACUCCGGGAUGUCCCCGUCCCCGAGCAACAGUUAUGACACCUCCCCACAGCCUUGCACUACGAAUCAGAACGGGAGGGAGAGUAACGAGAGGUUGUCUGCCUUCAAUGGGAAGAUGUCGCCCACCCGCUACCCCCUGGCCAACAGCCUGGCCCAGAGGUCCUACAGCUUUGAGGCUUCCGAGGAGGAUCUGGACAUUGAUGACAAAGUGGAGGAGCUGAUGAGGAGGGACAGCAGUGUGAUAAAGGAGGAAAUCAAAGCCUUCCUCGCCAACCGGAGAAUUUCCCAAGCAGUUGUUGCACAGGUAACAGGUAUCAGUCAGAGCCGGAUCUCCCAUUGGCUGUUGCAGCAGGGGUCGGACCUGAGUGAACAGAAGAAAAGGGCAUUUUACAGAUGGUACCAGCUUGAGAAGACAAAUCCUGGGGCUACACUAAGCAUGAGACCCGCUCCCAUCCCAAUAGAAGAGCCAGAAUGGAGACAGACACCUCCCCCAGUCACAGCUACCUCUGGGACCUUCAGACUACGGCGAGGCAGUCGGUUCACGUGGAGAAAGGAGUGCCUGGCUGUUAUGGAGAGUUACUUCAAUGAGAACCAAUAUCCUGAUGAGGCAAAGAGAGAAGAAAUUGCCAAUGCCUGUAAUGCAGUUAUACAAAAACCAGGAAAAAAGUUGUCGGAUUUGGAGCGAGUUACCUCCCUCAAGGUGUACAACUGGUUUGCCAACAGGAGGAAGGAGAUCAAGAGAAGAGCCAAUAUCGAAGCAGCAAUCCUGGAGAGCCAUGGAAUAGAUGUACAGAGUCCAGGAGGUCAUUCCAACAGCGACGACGUGGACGGCAACGACUACUCGGAGCAGGACACUUGGCAAGUACGCAACGGGGAGGAGGAGGGACGAUGUUCCGAGGGAGGCAGAGAAGCAGAGAAGGUAGAAGAAGACAGGAGGAUCUGCUCCAAACAAGCAAGUUACACCCCUCACACCACACACAAUGAUGACAGCACUAGCCAUAGUGACCACCAAGACCCCAUUUCCUUAGCUGUGGAGAUGGCAGCAGUCAACCACACCAUCCUGGCGCUGGCCCGGCAAGGAGCCAACGAGAUCAAGACAGAGGCUCUGGACGACGACUGAUGCCAAGAAAGGGGAGGGUCAAAGCAAGAAGUAACUUAGUUUUAGACGUAGCACCUUAGCAGACUUUCCUCGGUCCUUAAUAUGUGUUCUUACAGUAUAACUUUGCAGUUUCUUGUACGUCAGUUAGCUGUUAGGGUCUUGUUCUGUGAAGAUGGCAUGGUGCCCUCAGCCUUUGCAUAUACUCUCUCAGUAUUAAUUCCCAAUAAAUAAUCAAUCAACCAACCAACCUCCCUUCUCCCGGCCCCCAGUGGCUAGAAAGGUAAAAUCACAAAAAAAAAAAAAGAAAAAAAAAAAAAAGAAAAAAGAAAAAAAAAAAUCUUGCUGCUCUGUCUUAGCAUUCAAAGUGCUUCCAGGUAUUUUAGACAGCCCUCAAUUACAAGUCUUAGGCUACACUUAAAAUCUUGGGUAACCUUAGAGAUGGUGUUGAAACCGAUAGUCCGUACGCUUUCCCUGCCCUGAGACUGAAAGGAUGCAAGCUGAGGUAGUGGCACAGGGUCGAUGGACACCAGACUGGGAGUAUCAACAGAGAGUAAAAAGAACACUUAGAAACCCCACUCCAGCAUGGGAAUAAAUGAUUUCCAGCUGCAAUAAGCUGUGCCUCACUGGCCAUACAGUGACUUUACUUUCGGGUGCUGUGCUGAGAAUGUCCAUUGGAAACACAUUCCCACAUUUUGGUCAAUGCUCACAUAUUCAACACAGACAUCCUCUACUCUCACAAGCUGCGUGGCUUAGUGGAGAAGUGCUGCCUUCUGCCUCUGGGACCAUGGUUGAAGCCCAGCCUGGGAUCUGAAAAAAAAUGAGCUGAAUGUCUAAUGGACAACAGUCCACUUCUCAGAACCACUGCUCGUUCUUGGCAUGGCUGGCAGUGCCUGCUCAGAAGAGGUCUAGACUCUUUAUCCAUCUGUCAUUAACAAUUUCACCUUUAAUUCCUCCUCUCUCACCUUUUCUGUCCCCACUCUACUCCCCUCUCCACUUUGCCACUUUCAAAAGCAAUGUUUUCCAGGAAGGUUGUUAAGGUCCUAAAGUGGGCGAGUGGAUUUUUACACGCCCGUGUAAGUAAUGCCUACGUCCUGACUAGCCUGAAAGGUUACUGGAGAAUUCGACAUCUGACCUUUGCUAGAUAACUAUCAGAGCAUAAAUACUCUCCUAAAUAUGAACUUUUUUGUUUGUUUGAAAGCAGGAGGAUCUCUUACCUGAGAAAUGGGGUGUGAAUGUUUUGUGUU